UGAUCUUCUGCUGUCUUCGGAUGACAGAGAAGCUCGCGCUCUUAGAUGCCUCCUGCUUUUAGACUCUGUGCCAGACCAACAGUAUUCAUGGUCGCCCUCGCAGUACUUCGAUGAGGACAGCUACUCCCCUCCACCCAGGAACAUGAAGGGUCUCUCAGGCGGCCGCCCUGCCCAGCUCCAGCUCACCUCCCCCACCGCCCACACCUGCGGCCUGGCUGAUUGCGACCAUUCCCUGGACCACCACCCCUACCAUGGCGACUCACGGCCCCCCUCCUACCUCCUCAGUCCGACUGAGAGCUGCCCCCUCGAUGGUCACCACCGCUGCUCCCCACGAAGCUCCAUCCACUCCGAGUGCAUGGUGAUGCCGGUGUCCAUGUCGGCCACUGACCACUCCAUCUCUAGUAGCACUUUCCCCCGCAUGCACUACGGCAGUGCUUCGGAUUCCCACGACGACGGUGGCUCAUCUUCGCGUGGUGGCAGUGGCAAAAUGAACCGAAUCCCAGCAAACCUCCUGGACCAAUUUGAGAAACAGAUGCCGCUGCACCGGGAUGGCUUCCACACGUUGCAGUACCAACGCACGUCCACCACGACCACAACUACAGAGCAGCGCAACGAAAGCCCCGGGCGAAUACGCCACUUAGUCCACUCUGUACAGAAGCUCUUCACAAAGUCGCACUCCCUGGAAGGUUCCUCCAAGAUGAACGGAACCAAAAGCGACUCGCACAGGGACAGCUCACACCACCACCAUCACCACCACCAAGGCCAUCACAAACACAGCAAACGCAGCAAGAGCAAAGAACGCAAGUCCGACGGCAGCGGCAAGCAGCGCUCGGGAGGUUGGUGGAGUUCCGAUGACAACCUUGACAGUGACAGCACGUACAGAACGCCAAGCGUCAUGUCACGGCAUCCCGUCGACCACAUCAGCCACUGUUACCCUGACUCAAUGCACGGCCACCUGGGGGGAGACCUGUCGCUAAAGACCUCCAAGAGCAACAACGACGUCAAGUGCUCGGCCUGUGAGAGCAUAAGCAUGGCGCCCGAAGGCAAGUUCAUGAAGAGGAGUUCCUGGUCAACGCUAACGGUCAGCCAAGCCAAGGAGGCCUACAGGAAGUCCUCGCUUAACCUGGAGAAGCCCAUGAUGCCCACUGACCUCAAGCCCAACCUCAGGCCCUGCCACUAUCUGCAGGUGCCCCAGGAUGAGUGGGGGGGUUAUCCAGGCGGAGGGAAAGACGAUGAGAUCCCUUGUCGUCGGAUGCGGAGCAGCAGCUAUGUUAAAGCCAUGGGGGACGAGGAGAGCGGAGAGUCGGACUCCAGCCCCAAGACAUCGCCUCAGAAGUCGGUGCGGCCAGACGCCCUGGUCAAGGCCAUCAUCAGACCCAGGGACCUGCUGGACUCCCAGAGUCAGAGCUACCACUUGCAAGCCACCAGGGACAUGCACCCAAGCAUUGCCCUGGAUCCCUCUGCCAACUACAACUCGCCCAAGUUUCGCUCCAGGAACCAGAGCUAUAUGCGGGCCGUCAGCACCCUCAGUCAGGCUAGCUGUGUUAGCCAAGUGAGUGAAACCGAAAUAAAUGGCCAGUUCGAGUCUGUGUGCGAGUCGGUGUUCAGCGAGGUGGAAUCUCAGGCCAUGGAGGCUCUGGACCUGCCCGGCUGCUUCAGAACCCGGAGCCACAGCUACCUGCGAGCCAUCCAGGCCGGCUACUCCCAAGACGAUGACUGCAUCCCCCCCAUGGCCUCGACUGUCACCUCCACCAUCAGGUCCACCACAGCCAUCACCUACACACCCAGCUAUAAGAAGACCCCUCCUCCGGUCCCGCCUCGCACCACCUCCAAACCGCUCAUCUCCAUCACGGCCCAGAGCAGCACCGAGUCCACCCAGGACGCCUACCACGACGGGAGGCACCCUCACGGCGGGAUGUGGGCCGCCGACGGCCUCAGCCUGGGGUUGAGCCCGGGCCGGGCCCUCUACAACUCCACCGACAGCCUGGACAGCGCCAAGGCGGUGACCAUAGCCAUGGAGGCUGCUGGAGUGAUGUCUGGAAAGAGACACCCGUCCACGGACUCUCACAGCUCAGUGCUCACCUGCGAUAAGGCCGUCCUGGUGUCAAAGGCUGAGGAGUACUUGAAAACGCCUCGAUCCUCUAUAGGGAUACAGGUGGAAGCGGCCACGGACUCGGAAUCCGAAAGCAAAAGCUCGAGGGAGUACCAUUCUGUUGGGAUCCAGGUAGAGGAUAACAAGAAAGGACAGGGAAGGUUCAAACGCUCCAACAGCGUGACUGCAGCCGUGCAGGCCGACCUGGAGCUGGAGGGUUUCCCCACCAUGGAGGACAAGGGCCUGCAGUUCGGCGGGGGCUUCCAGCGUCACUCAGAGCCCAGCACGCCGACCCAGUACGGGGCGGUGCGGACCGUACGCACCCAGGGCCUCUUCAGCUACCGCGAGGAUUACCGUACCCCCGCCGAACCCCCGAGCCCCAGGGAGACCACCAGCGAAACCACCUGGCAGCUAGAACCCCCGUCCCCGCGGGACAGCGCGGUCUCGGCGGGGGAGUCGGGGCGGGUGUCUCCAUCCCUGCGGAGGGACGGGAGCUGGUUCAUGCAACUGCUCCACACCGAGACCAAGAGGAUGGAGGGCUGGUGCAAGGAGAUGGAGGCGGAGGCCGAAGAGAACGACCUGUCGGAGGACAUUUUAGGCAAAAUCCGAAGUGCUGUGGGAAGCGCUCAGCUGCUCAUGUCCCAGAAAUUCCAGCAAUUCUACUGGCUGUGUCAGCAAAACCUGGACCCCAGUGCCAUGCCGCGACCCACCUCUCAGGACCUGGCUGGGUUCUGGGACCUGCUGCAGCUCUCCAUCGACGACGUCACCAUGAAGUUUGACCAGCUGCAGCAGAUGAAGAACAACAACUGGAGGCCAGUCGACAGCCCAGAAAAGAAGGUGAGGAGAAAGCCACCAGCUCCCGUACCAAAGAAGACAGUUCGACAGAAGAGUGCAGUAACGAGGGAGAAAUCCCUGGACCUCCCCGACAGGCACCGGCAGGAGGCCCGUCGGCGGCUCAUGGCGGCCAAGCGAGCGGCCUCCUUCCGGCAGAACUCAGCCUCAGAGCGAGCGGACAGCAUUGAGAUCUAUAUUCCAGAGGCUCAGACUAGACUUUGA